AGAGCAAUGAGUGGAGCUGCUAUGAGUUUAAUAACAGCGAUCAGUGGAUUUCUUCUUCUCCUCACUGUGACAGCGGUUCAGGGUCAGAAUGGUUGGGGAGUGACUUACACUUCUACACAGAUCUGCGCCAUAAAAGGAUCAACAGUGGAAACACACUGCACCUACAUGUACCCAUCCAGAGGAUAUACAGUUAAAAAGAAAUUCUGGUUUACAAAAGAGAGCAAUGAUGAUUAUGUGGAUCUGAGAACAGACCCAGAGUAUUCAGGUCGUGUUCAGUAUCAGUGUAAAAACACAGACUGCUCUCUGAGAAUCACAGACCUGAGAGAGAGCGACUCAGCUCAGUACAAGUUCAGAUUCACAAUAAACCAUCUAAGUGGGAAAUAUUAUGGUUCACCUGGAGUCAGUUUGACUGUCACAGAUCCACAGCUCCAGGUACAUGUGAGGAGAUCAACAGGAAACUCUUAUUCUAACUGGACAGAGCUGACAUGUCACAGCAACUGUCAGCGACCUGAUCAAUCUUCCUACAUCUGGUACAAGAAUGGAGACAAACUUUCAGCAGGAAAACAAUAUUUUUAUUUGGACACAUUUGAUUCUACAGACAGGAUUUCCUGUGCUGUGAAAGGACAUGAGGGUUUCUGUUCUCCAGCUGUGUUGGUACAGGGUCAGAAUGGCUGGAGAGUGACUUACACUUCUACUCAGAUCUGUGCUGUAAAAGGAUCAACAGUAGAAAUACGCUGCAGCUACACAUAUCCAUACAGUACACAUUAUCAAGUUCAACAGAAAUUGUGGUUUACUAAAGGCACUAACAAAGAACCUGUGGAUCUAAAAUCAGACUCAGACUAUAAAGGACGAGUGGAGUAUCGUUGUUCUGGGCAGAGCUGCACUGUGAGAAUCACAGACCUGAGAGAGAGCGACUCAGCUGAGUACAAGUUCAGAUUCAUAACAAACCAACCAGAUGGUGGAUAUACUGGUUCACCUGGAGUCACUUUGACUGUCACAGCUCUCCAGGUGCAGGUAAUCACAGCACAGCACCUACAGGGUUAUACCCAGGUACAGCUGAGAUGUCACAGCAGCUGUUUGCCUGAUCAUCCUUCCUAUGUCUGGAUCAGGAAUGGGCGAAACACUUUGAGUCAAACAUCUUCUUCUAUCCAGUCUUCAUUUGAUCCUGCAGACUUCAUUUCCUGUGCUUUAAAAGGACACGAGUCGUUUCCCUCUCCAUCAGUGUCUGCUCCAAGAUAUGUUUCAGUGUGGGUGCACCCUUCUAAAGAAAUCAGGGAGGGCAGCUCAGUGACUCUGACCUGUAGCAGUGAUGCUAACCCAGCAGCUAAACUCUCCUGGUACAAGAAGGAUGGUCAAACACCUCUCAGUAAUGAACAGCAGCUCUCCUUCAACUCCAUCCGAUCCUCUGACUCUGGAGAGUUUUACUGUACAGCUGAGAAUAAGCUUGGCAGGAGAACAUCUGAAUCCAUCUCUGUUGAUGUGACGUAUGCUCCCAAAGCUGUUACUGUGUCAGUGAGUCCCACUGGUGAAAUCAAGGAGGGCAGCUCAGUGACUCUGACCUGCAGCAGUGAUGCUAACCCAGCAGCUAAAUACACCUGGUACAAGAAAGAUGAUCAUAAGCCUCUCAGAGAAAACUCACAGCUCUCCUUCAGCUCCAUUCAGUCCUCUGACUCUGGACAGUAUUACUGUGAAGCUGUAAAUAAAGUGGGGAGGGGGACAUCUCAAUCCAAUUUGAUCGAUGUGAAAUAUGCUCCAAAGCUUCCCUCUGUGUCAGUGAGUCCCUCUGCUGAGAUAGUGGAGGGCAGCUCAGUGACUCUGACCUGCAGCAGUGAUGCUAACCCAGCAGCUAAUUACACCUGGUACAAGGAGGAUGAAGACUCCCCUAAAGCAUCAGGACAGAACUUCACCAUCACUGACUUCAGACCUGAACACAGUGGGAGUUAUUACUGUGUCGCCCAGAACAGCAAAGGAUAUCAGAACUCCACCUUAGAGCUGACUAUUGUGGGAGGAGUGGGGAGGUUAGCAGCUGCUGGAGUAACUGCUGCUGUUCUCCUGCCUGUCAUAGUCUUCUCUGUCUUCCUGUGGAUUCGAAAAAAGAGGAAGUCCAAGGAAUCUGCUGAAUCUGAAGACCGAACAAACCACAGAGAACAGAGACAGCUACAGGAGCAGGAUGAUCUUCAGUAUGCCAGCAUCCACUUCAACAACCAGGCAGAUCCUCUCUACUCCAACAUGAGAGCAGCUCAGCCCCGCAGACACACGGAGGAACAGGAAGUUGCCGAGUACACUGCUGUUAGAUUUAACAGAGGCAGUGAAGCCAAGAGAGGCAGAAGUCACGAAACAGAAGAGUCGUCAUGUGGAUUGUACGCCACAGUCAACAAAACCUGAUGAACAUGACAGGCAGCUGAUGGAGGGAUAUUUGACUUUUGUUUUAAAUGUAAAGCUCAGUUGAAGUUAUGUUGCUUCUAAAAAUAGGUGCCAUAUUGUUAUAUUGCUACAUAUUUAGAAAAUUAUUACUGUUACUGUGCUGUGAAAAGUAUUUCUCCCCUUCCUGUUUUUUCUUGUUUCAUAUUUGUCACACUUACAUGUUUGAGAUGAAACUAAUUCUAAUAUUACACAGAGAUAACCCAGAUAACCUGCCAGAGCUGCUGAAUCAUUUUAAUAGAACCUGUCUGACAAAGUGAAGCAGGCUGAAAGAUCCAACAAAGCAAACAGAUGGAAACAAUCCUCAAGACUUUUGGGAAAAUAAUCUGCAGGCUCAGGAGAAAAAGUGACCUUUUUGAAACCUGACGUAAAAAUAACAGCAUUUCAUAAAAAGAGCAUCACACCAACAGUCAAACAUGGUGGUGGUAGUGUGAUGGUCUUAGGCUGCUCUGCUGCUUCUAGACUUGGACAACUUGUCAUAAUUCAUGGAAACAUGAAUUCUGCUCUCUUCCAGAAAAGCCUGAAGGACAAUCAGUUUGUGCCCUGAAGCUCAGCUGCACUUGGGUUAUGCAACUGUCAGGGAUGGCUGUGUGGCAGGAUUGGACCCCAAUGCUGCUCUCAUGAGACAGGACUAAACUCAAAACUCUGCUUUAUUUAGCUUCUUAAAUCAGGGAAACCAAACAAACUGAACACUGGGCUGGUCAGGAGAAACAGGAGGACACAGCACAGGAACCUACAACACGACAAAGGACCAGAGAAAACACAGACAAUAAACACACACAGGGAUAAUUAAACGAGGAACACAAGAGUACACGGCUGAAACCAAUUAGGAACACAAGACAGAGGAAGCAAAACAGCUCAUGAAACACGAGGAAGUCACAACACAGAAAUAACCUCACUUUAUUAAUUUUUAAUUGAGAAUUUUAUUGUUUCUGCCUUUACUGGAUACAAAUGAGUAAUAAGAUUUACAGAAAAACUACUUUAAUGUUUCCAGUUUAAGUAUUUCUAAUCUGAUCUAAGAUCAGCCUCAGUGAUAGAUGAUGGCUCUCUGACAGCCACAGCAGAGAUUUUUCACUUA